AUGCCGAGGGCCUUUCUGGUUAAAAAGGCGAACGUUUCGCCGGGAAAGCGGAACUGGAGUGAACUCCCCGAUCAUGAACGAGGGGACGUCUACAUCCCAGUUUUCGUGAAAACAAUCCCCAUUGUUGCCAUCGGCGGAGUUUUUAUUGUCUGCCAGAAGACUUUCCAGUACCAGCGAAUGUUGAACAGACACAUCAAGUGUCACAACGAGACAAAGAGACACCUGUGCAGCUUCUGCGGCAAAGGCUUCAACGACACCUUCGACCUCAAAAGACACGUGCGCACACAUACAGGCGUCCGUCCAUACAAGUGCAACUUCUGCGACAAGGCCUUCACCCAGCGCUGCUCUCUGGAGUCCCACAUGAAGAAGAUCCACAGCGUCACCCUGAAGUACGCCUACAAGGAGCGACGCAACAAGCUGUACGUGUGCGAGGAGUGCGGCCACACGGCAGCAACUCAGGAUGCGCUGCUCAUCCAUCUCCACUCGCUUCACCCUGAGAGCCCCCUGCUGAAGAGCAAGGCUGCGAGGAGAGUGGGAGGAAGAGACGACGGGUCGGUUGGAGGAUCCAUUCCCGGUUCUCCGCAGGGAGCUGAAAGCGAUGAUACCACUGGAUCGGCCGAGCAGUAAAGAGAGAAGAUACAGAAGAUACUCAGAAAUUAACUCAGGGGGCAUCGAUGAAGGACUGUGUUGAGUGCAGAGGUGACUGUUUGAGCCAAGAUGCAUAGCCAUGGGAGAAAGAAAGCUACUGAUUGCACUGUAUAGGUGUGCAUAUUUACAUUUGUGUGUGUGUGUGUGUGUGUGUGUGUUUGGAUUUGGGCAUCUACUGUAAAUAACUCAGUGGAAUAAUGCAUUAAAGAAGAUUAAGUCUGACUUUUACAAAAAGCUGUUGGGGUACUCUACUUUGUCUUGAGUAAAGUGCUAGAGUAGAGUAACAUCAGAACUUUUAAAUAUAGGAAACCAUGUUUUGGAGUUGCUGCAGAUCAAACUUGUUGCAACACACACCGCUGGUACUCGCCUCUGCUGACCAGGAGUACUCACAAAAACACGGUGCCGUUUAGGUGGUCGUGUAUCAGGCCUUUCCCAUAGACUGUAUAGCAAAGAUGGACAUGGCCACUUUUUUUUUUUUUUUUUUUUUUUAACUGUGUUCAUAAAAUGCUAUGUUGAAGAAGAAUUGAAAGUGUUUACUAAGAUCUCAGAAAAAUGAGAAAUGUUUGUUUUGUGUUUUCAUAGACUUCCGUGCAUUCAGGCUUAUUUUGCAACCUGCUGGUCGUUUCAAAGACUGCAGGUGUCAGGGGUUUCACCAAAUUCCAGCAACCUGAUUUACGAGAAGACCGGUCCUAAUGUUUUGGCUCAUCUGUGCAUUUACAUGUGGCAUUUUGAUCUGCAUGAGAAUCGCUAUCAUAGAUAGAAUAUUUUUACAUAUUUGUUUUCAUGUGAAUAUUACCAUUGGGUUUAUAUGUACAGCAAGAAACUAUGAAAAUGUGCUUUUUAAAAAAAAAAAACAAACAAACAAACAUUUAUCCAUUAAAGGGACUAAUAUAUUA